AUGGGGCACGGCGCGCGGGUCCUUGUACUCGCGGCGCUGGGCCUAUUGGCCGCGUCUUCGGGUCAUGCAAUCGUUCCUAAGAAGUUUGAUGUCACCAUUGGGUAUCUGCCCUCCAUCAAGGGGGAGCUCAGGUCCAGGCAGGGCCUCGCGAUAUCAGGUGCCCUCUCGAUGGCUCUCGAGGAGAUUAAUAACAGCACCGACCUAUUGCCAGAUGUGCAUUUGUCCCUGGCUUGGAACGACACCAAGUGCGAUACGGUGACGGCAACUAGGCUUCUAACUGAUAUGAGCUGUUCAGGGGUCGUCGCGUUCUUCGGGCCCGAGGGUCGCUGCCACACGGAGGCCAUAAUAGCGCAGUCUAGAAACUUGCCAAUGAUCUCAUACAAAUGUUCCGAUUACCAAACUUCCAAAUUACCAAAUUUUGCGAGACUGGAGCCACCCGAUGCGCAGGCGACAAAAUCAGUGAUUUCGCUACUAAGAUACUAUAGAUGGAAUAAGUUUUCUAUAUUGUAUGAGGAGUCUUGGGUAACAGUCGCUCUAACAUUGGAGAAUCACGCCAAGAAGAACAACAUGACUGUCAACCAUCAACGACCAGUGAUAGACGGCUUUAAAUGCUGCGAAGAGAAGAUGACCUGCUGUGCACCCGGUUUCUGGUAUCAGUUUAUUCAGGAUACUAAGAAUAGAACAAGAAUAUACGUAUUUCUUGGGUCACCAGCGGGACUUAAUGACAUGAUGACUGCUAUGGAGUCACUGCAACUGUUUGUGAAAGGAGAAUACAUGGUGAUAUUCGUCGAUAUGAUGACUUACACGUUCAAAGACUCCUUGAAAUAUUUAAUUAAGGCUGGAGAUCACGGUCCUGAAACGUACUGUCAGAACACACCAGAGUUCAGGAAAAGAGCACAAUCACUAUUGGUCGUGGUGUCGUCAGAGCCCGAACGAAGCUAUGAAGAGUUCACCAGCAAAGUUCAAGUGUACAACACAAAAAAACCGUUUGAGUUUCCCUUGCCAGCUGUGUUCGAAAAUAAAUUUAUAAAGUACGUAUCCAUUUACGCCGCGUACCUGUACGAUUCGGUGAAGCUAUAUGCAACAGCUCUGCACAAAUUGAUUGAAGAGGAAACUGUCAAUAAGAACGAAACGCUCACGCACAAAAAGCUAAUGAGUAUCGUUACUAAUGGAACCCGUAUCAUUUCCAAAAUGAUUGAUAUCACACCGUUUGAGAGUGUAUCUGGUAUGUCGAUUCGCUUGGACGAGCGCGCUGACUCCGAGGGUAACUUCUCUGUGCUUGCUUUCAAACCAAUCAACUCGACCGAUAAUGUGGUUAACUGCACACACAGCAUGAUCCCCGUUGGUCACUUUCAGCAGUGCAGUCGCGAGUUUCCGGAAUACAAAUUGAACCCCCGUUUGCCGAUCGACUGGCCAGAUAGUGUGAAGCCAGAGGAUGAGCCUUCGUGUGGAUUUCUCAACGAAAAAUGCCCCAAGGACGACUCCCAAAUUACGUCGCUAGUGGUGGCAGGCACACUGGCUGUGGCUCUUUUUUGUACCCUCGUAGUCACUAUAAGCAUUUAUCGCAAAUGGAAGAUUGAGCAGGAGAUCGAAGGGCUCCUGUGGAAGAUUGAUCCUCACGAGAUAGCAGGGUAUUUAGGCAGCGGCUUCGUUUGGUCGCCUAGUAAGUUAAGUUUAGCUAGUGGUAUAUCAGGGGAGAGCAAGUGUUGUACACAAAUAUUCACGCCAACAGCCCAGUACAAGGGAAAUGUUGUCAGGAUUAAAGAACUAAAAUUUUCGAAGAAGAAGGACAUAUCCCGAGAAAUUAUGAAAGAGAUGAGGCUAUUACGAGACCUAAGACAUGACAACCUUAACUCCUUCAUUGGUGCUGUGGUUGAACCAUCUCGUGUGUUGUUACUCACAGACUACUGCGCCAAAGGGAGCUUGUAUGAUAUAAUCGAAAACGAGGACAUAAAGUUAGAUAAGAUGUUCAUAUCGUCACUGGUGCAUGAUCUCAUUAAGGGUAUGAUUUUUAUACAUACUUCGCCAUUGAUGUUUCAUGGAAAUCUCAAGUCAUCGAAUUGUGUUGUCACGUCCAGAUGGAUGCUUCAGGUAACUGAUUUUGGACUCCACGAAUUAAGAAAUAGUGCAGAAAACGAUUAUAUUGGAGAACACCAAUAUUACAGAGGUUUAUUGUGGAAAUCUCCGGAGUUGUUACGUCAACUGGAUUACCCUAAUGGAUACGUUGGUGGCACACAAAAAGGCGACGUCUACGCGUUCGGGAUUAUCUUAUACGAAAUAAUGGCUCGACGAGGACCAUUUGGUUUUACUUCUUUGGAACCAAAGGAGAUAGUGGAGCGAGUGAAGCGCGGCCCAGAGGGGUCUGAAUGCGAGGAGCCAUUCCGCCCGGAUUGGCGGUCCUUGGAGGGCGAAGCGGAAGACUACAUUCUGGGGAUCAUGCGCGACUGCUGGGCGGAGGAGCCCGCUAGCAGACCGGACUUCCCCACCGUGCGAUCCAGGCUCAAAAAAAUGAAGUCCGGCAAGUCAAGAAACAUAAUGGACCAAAUGAUGGAUAUGAUGGAGAAAUACGCUAAUAAUUUAGAGGAACUAGUCAAUGAGAGAACGAGGCUAUUGAUAGAAGAGAAGCAGAAGACGGAAGAUUUACUUCACAGAAUGCUACCAAAGUCAGUCGCUCGUCGCCUUACGACCGGGGAGGGCGUCGAACCCGAGUCCUUCGAUGCUGUAACGAUAUACUUCAGCGAUAUCGUCGGCUUCACGGCGAUGUCAGCGGAGAGCACUCCGCUUCAAGUCGUCAAUUUCCUAAACGAUUUGUACACAGUGUUUGAUAGGAUUAUUAGAGGCUACGAUGUCUACAAAGUCGAAACGAUCGGAGAUGCUUAUAUGGUGGUAUCCGGCCUCCCGAUAAGGAAUGACGAUAGACAUGUUGGAGAAAUUGCGUCUAUGGCAUUAGAAUUGCUGAACGCUGUUAAGAGUCACAAAAUAACGCAUCGGCCGAACGAAAUACUUAAAUUGCGGAUUGGAAUACACACUGGUGCGGUCGUAGCGGGUGUGGUUGGUUUAACGAUGCCUCGAUAUUGCCUCUUCGGAGACACAGUGAACACUGCUUCGCGUAUGGAAUCGAAUGGGGAGCCAUUGCGUAUACAUAUCUCGCCAUCUUGUAAGCAGGCGUUAGACAAAAUCGGAGGAUACAUCGUCGAACCGCGCGGGUCUAUCCCUAUCAAGGGAAAAGGAGUGUUACAAACAUAUUGGCUAGUUGGAGCGACAGAGAAAGCGAUACAAAAGCGCCCAGUAGAAGGAGAAGAGCGACCCCUGUUUUGUCGACCGCGCCGCAGCCCACGACUCACCGAUUCCAGACAUCCAUCUAUAUCAGAAUUGAGAAGUGAAUCGCGAGGCAUUCGUCAGCGGCUACAUAGCGGUGCCUCGCUGCCUUCACAACCCGCCCAGAUCGCCAGAUCACGCGUCGACAAAGACUCUGCGCACAGACACAGAAAUGCCCUGAGUUCGAUUGCAUCCUCGACUGCCUGUGACGCGGAAAUGAGUUGCGGUGACUGUAAAAGCGCAAUACGGACUGCUUGCUCCUUGGACACCCUGGCGCGGAGAGACCCUCGGCCCGACCGCCUUCGCAGACACCACACCACGCGCUCCCUGGACGCCGACGUCGCCAUAGCAACCAUCUGCGGGGGACCGCUCUUUAACGGCAACGUGUUGACCGAUGAACCGCCACGAACCGGGGAAGACAGCCCGCUGCUCCGUAAGGCCAGUCUUACGAACCGAUUGGAACGACCCCGGCGCAAGGUACCAGAAUCCGACUAUAUCGAGUUCUACAAGAAGUGGCGAUCUUUAGAGAACGUAGCUGAUGUGAAAGGGGAGCGGGGUAAGAUGCCCCGUUUCGCGAUUCGUUCGUGGCUGCUCGGUAUAUUCAGUGGCGGCACACGCAGCAGCAAUUCGUCGCUCCGCCGCGCUCCGCCUCUACUGGACCGCGAGUCCGCCGUCUGA